GCAAGAGUGAGGUAGCUAUAUCAACAUCAUGGAGAAAUAGCACAUUUUGUAGUAUGAGCCAUAUGAAUUGACCUGUAGAUGUCACAUUGUCCUCUCACUCAGUCGGGCGACAGAGAGGGGAUGUUAGCUACAGUUUAAUAGAGAGGUCGGAGAGAUUAGUUCAGGGGACAUGUGGGUCAUUGAGAACGGGCGAGGGCCAGAGCCUUGCUGGGGGACCAGACUGGACGGAGAACAGCAGGACCAGAAUAACCAUCCCACCAGGCUCCUGGCCCGGCCCAGACAUCCAGUCAACACCAUCACCUGGCAACAUGGCUCCUGCACAGCACUCCACCAGGACAGGGCACCUUGUUAUCUGUCCUUUGUCAGUAAGGCCACCUUGUGGGAUCGAGGACUCUACCACUACACAGACCACACUGUCUGUGAUGGACGUCCUUCUCUGUGUCCUCGUUUCCUGGUUCACAUGAAGGCCUGUCCUGCAGACCUCAGAACCCCACAUCUCCUAUCCAGUAACCCCAGGCCACGUCCUCCUCGCCAGGAAUUGACACAACAAAGACACACCCUUGGCGGCCUGAAGACGCAUUCAUGUGCAGACUCCAGGAGCCUGCAGUACUGCAGCACCACCAGAGGGAGGCGCUUAGCUGUUGUUGUUCCCUGUGUACCAGUGCCAGUCUCCCCCUCUCCCAGCAGAGCCUCCCCUGAGCUCUCAGUCUGUCCAAGUCCAACAUCCUCUACUGUCACUGACUCUGGGCAGCAGGGAACUGGAUACAACCCUGCUCCAUCAUCAGCCCUACCUCAUGUCCAUACUCAGAAAGGAGAGAAGGAAAUAGAGGAUGGUGUUAAAGAGAUGGAUGAAGGCACUUCGGCUUCCUCAGGGGCCUUCCGCCUUCCAAGGCCAGACCAGGAGCUCAAUUCUGGUCCUGAGGACAUAGACCCCUCAGUUUCUCCAAUCCCUAGUGUCUGUGAGGGUUCUCUCUCAGACUUUAGCCGCCCACCAUCCAGCCAGUUCAGCCGAAGCACAGACCUGGGUAGUGGCCGGAGCAGUCCUCUGUGUGCGAAUCUGAGUGACCUGGACUCAGAGGGUGGCUCUCCUCUCUCCCAGCAUGGCUCCUCUUCCAUGUCCCUGUCUGCUCUGGCCUCCUGCAUCCCACAGAACACCCCAGCACACCAGCCCCCAAACCCAGCCCCUCACCACCCUCAGCACCAUCCCCUCCCUCACCAGGCCCAACACUGCCCACCUGACUGGACCACCACGGAGCCCCAGCCAGGCCAUGUCCUCCCACCCUACCCAGACCCAUCCCUGGACCCCAACCCAGACCCUACUACCCUAGCUUUCCCCUCAGACACCUGGCAGUCCUGCCCCAGCCCACAGUGCAGGAUAACUACCCGACCAGGGUCAGGGUUAGGGUCAAGUUUGUCCUCAUCUCCUGUGGUGGUGGAGAGGCAGGACUGGACAUCACACCGCUGGUCAGUCCUUCCCCCCAUCUCUCCUGUCAGAGGUGGCAGUGACACAGUGUCCUCCUGGUCCCGCUGUUCUCAGGUCAGCUCUAGCCAGUCCCAUGUGUUUGAUGAACUGGAGGCCAUCGCCCCGCGGACCGGCUCCUGUCUGUCCCUAGACCAGCCACUCAGCCCAGCAGACUGCAGCCCACCUGGUACAGAGAUGUCCCCAGGCCUGGCUGCUCUGACAGUGGGCUGUGACUCAGGGGACCUGGGCUCCCUGUCCCGUGUGCAGCUCCUGCUCCUGGACCGGUCGGACCCUGUGGAGCCCCACUGGCUCGCUGGUCAGGACAUGUACUCCCCAACAGAAGACGGAACAACAGGCCACACAGCGGCGCUCCGAGCCAGAAGACCUUUUAGUCCAACGCUGUAUACUACAGGCGUCCUGCAGCCCCUCACAGCUGGCAGCUGUGGAGACGGCAGUGUGUCUGAGAGGUGUGUCGCCACAGGCAAAGUCCAGGGACGGGGUGAGCACACAAUGCAGUCCCACACCGAGGAUGGUUCCAGGUCACCAUCGUCAUGGAUCAGUGAUUCCAGUCCAUCAGGCACCAUAUCCGGGUCCACCAGUUCCCAAUGCGAGUCCUGUUGUGAUGGGGAGGAGUCCGAGGGAAGUGACCAAACCAGCCAGGCCCUUACCACCUUAAAUGACAGGGGCCCCAGCCCAGACCAGGGGGUUCCAGUGAAGGAGGAACCUGGUUGCCCUGAUCUGGGGGAGCGAGGCUGGGCUUCCACAGGGGUCAGGAGAAGGCCCGGGAGGCUGGAGCGCAGGAUGAGGGAGAAGGAGCGAAAAAGGGAGGAGAGAAAGACAAAGGUGCUAAACAUCUACUCCAGACUCCAGGACAGCGGGCCCCUCCAGCCCAGCCGCAGCAGGGGCCGCUCCAGGUUUGAGGACUUCGACUUCUUGGCAAAGUAUUGCAUUUUCAGCCAGGAGAAGCUGGCAGAGUACAAAAGGGCUUUUGAAGCAGUUGACAGCGAUGCUGAUGGUUACAUUUCCUGCCUGCAAGUGCUGCUGGCACUAAAGAAGAUCAUCCCUCCAGAGCUGCUAACUGAUGAAGAAGAGAUAUAUGUCUACAGGAUCCUGGAGAUGGUGGAUUUCAGGGUGACAGAUGGACUUACAGACCUGAGGCUCUUUGCUGUGAUUGCGAGCCUGGCGCAGAAAAUAGCUACCAUGGAUGUAUUUAUGCGUUCCCUGAUAAGCAAAAUGGACUUCCAUUCUUUGGCAUUAAAGCUAUACAAAGCAAAGCAGCUGUUCAUGUUCCUGCUGGAGGGGCAGUCAGGGGGUGCUGUGGCCCAGCAGGGCUGUAUCAGCGCAGAGCAGCUCCUGGUGGAGCUAAAGGCCGGGGGCAUCCGACCAGAACAAGAGGAAGCCAUCAAACAGGAGCUCCGACACAUCAGCUCCCUGGACCUGCUGGACUUCCUGGCGUACCUGCCACUCUUCGUCCUAAUCCACAACUCAGUCAUCGCCAACCCACUGGAUGACUCCAGCAACCUGUGAUGUCAUCGCCUACACAGGCUUGACCCCUAUCUGUCAUUAGCUACCACACACUGUGGCAACAGGGUUCCAGGGUUCUCUUUCUAAAACGAUAGCCAAUGCACUUAAAGCUGUUUUUGAGAUGUGUUUUUUUCGGGGGGGUGGGGGGCACAUUUCAUUUAACAAGUUCGACAUUCUGAGACAUUUCUUCAAAGGGGCUUUGGAGACACCCUUUGGAAUAUGCAUUGAUAAAUAGCCUACUGAAGGUGGACGUCUAAGCUUGAGAAUGGUGCUGUCUAUGGUACUGAAAUAUGCAGGGAUUUUCAGUUGCGGUUCAUGCAUCGGUAAUGCACUGAAUAGGGACAUAACACGUUUAGACUCCAGUUAGACAAGGGAUACACAAUUGUUGCUCAUGGGGGACCAAAUCCUAAAAUGCAAGAUGCAGGUGCAACUUCAAACUUUUGCACAAAUUAAGCAUUGAUUUAAUGCAUGAUUUAUGCCAAACCUUUGUGUGGGUUUUUAAGAUAGGGGGGGGUGAAUAUAAUGGCUCUCCACCGCUUUAGUAACUGAGUAAUGUGGCAUUAUGAAAAUAAAAUAAAUGAAGCAUGACCUAACCUAAAUCUCCUAUGUGUUUUCAAUCAUCUCCCUCAGCUUUAAGUGAGAGGGUCCGGCAAGAAAUUACAAAUUAGAUAUGGCAGUUCUUUAUUUAAUUUCCCUCAGGCUUGACAGAGUCGGGGAGGAAAGCGUUAACGCACUCUGACAGGCGGUCACGGAAUUGUUCAGACCAUUCAUUGCUGUUUUCGGGUAGCUGUGUCAUAGAAAUUCUAUGAUGCCUAAUAAGGGUACCAAAAGGGAGCUAUACAUAUUGCCUGUCGUUUCUGUGUCUUGUGCCCUUCUUGGUAAGCUCUAUUUUUAUUUCAUCUUUAUUGUAACCCUUUCCUGCAGUCAAAUGAUCAGACCGCCCUCUAGUGCAAUCAUGGGUGGAAUCUUUUUUCAGAAUUAAUCAAAACAAUGUUUUUUUUACAACGAAAACUCUGUGUUUCUAUGUCAAAUGGUUUCGUGUUUCAGUCUUCUGUGAUGUAGAUGAAGUAUAAUGUUUGGAUGCAAACUCAAAAUGUAAUACAUUUUCAGUUGCCUAAUUAUAAUUUAAGGCCAUAACCGUGUGUGAGGUGUAUACUUUUGUUUCAAAGUACAGUAGAUUUGUUUGACUACCAAGAAAGACUGUGACCCUGACGUAGCCCACUGUAGUAAAAGGCUAACAGGGAGUUCCAUUGAGAGCAAGGUCUAUUUACCAAGCGAGCCCAGCAUAUACAUCAUUGACUAAAUACAAUAUAAUACAAAUAGGCCUAUAUAAAAUUACAAACACACUCAAGAAAACAAUCCCAUUCCUCAGCAAAGAGGUCCACAAUCAACAAUUUGACCUCCCCAAAAGACACCACACCACAUCCGUAACACACCACAUUCGUUCCAUACAUGGGGUGCAAACAAACUGAAAGCAGAGACGGGAUUUCCAGAGUAAGCCAUCCCUGAGACCGGGUAUGGAACAGUGACUCGUAUGUCUAAAGGUUAUUAAUGAUGUCCGUGAGGCAGUGAUGUGUACUGAACCUGUCACCAGUAAUAAAAUGAGGUGCUGUGUUAAACUGCAUUUAAAGGUGUUCAUGAAAUGGCUGCUGCAUUCAUAUAGAUGAUGUCGCCAUAGUCUAGGAACUGUAGGAACUGUAGGAACUGUAGGAACUGUAGGAACUGUAGGAACGUCAAUAAAAUGAUCUGCGUGCUACUAUUAAGCGAGAGGCAGGACUUGUUUCUACAGAAGAAGCCCAUUUUAUUCUUACCUUCCUCACUAAAUCAUCUAUAUGUUUUUUAAAAGACAACCCAUCGUCUAUCCAGAUGCCCAGAUAUUUGCAUGCAGGGACACAAUCGAUGUUCACACAAUCUUAAAUACAUGUGCUCUAGAAAACAUAUACUUUAAUACUAGUUUGAGCUCAAUAAAGGUUUUCUGUAAAUCAAUGAAGGCAGAUUGAUGAUCAGAUAGAGCCUUGUCAACAGAGAGGGGUAGCAGGAUACACAGCAGUAUGCCCACAAGUGAAGGUUACACAGUUGUACAGACAAACCAAUAUUGUUUAUAUACUGUAGUUAGUCAAAUGUACAGGACCCAAAAUCUAACACUGCGGGACACCUUUCGUAAUAUCAAGGAAACCUGACUUAACACCAUCAGAAAAUACACAUUGUGUCCUGUCUAUAAAGAACUUGGUCUCAGCAAUAGAUUUAAAAUCAGUAUUUGUCCACCUAGAGAGUUAGAUAAUGGUGGAUUAUACACAAUGCCCAGGCUUUAUGUAGUUCUAGGCUCCACCCAAAUAAAAUGUAGGCCUUGUAGCCAAGCUUUCGAAUAUAUUCUUAUGUGGCUACAUUUUUACCAGAUAAAUCAUUAAUGAAAUAUCAGCUAUGCUGUUUAUCUUGGUGUCAAGGAAUUGUAUAUUGUAUUGUGGUAACAGCAAUAACUGCUGAGCAAUAACCCUUUCAGCUAGAGAUAGUGGUGAACAAUACCUGGCACUCUUAGACGAUAUUCCCUCUGGCAGCUGCACGCAACAAAUGGUUAAACUGUUUUUUUCUUCGCAAGGGCAUUUGUUGAGUGCUAGUCGCGCGCUGCUGUGGGAAAGGCACACGCCGUCAGCCAAUUCAAUGCGCGGUCUCCUCUCCACCACUAGACAACCGCAUUCACUCAUUAAACCAGGCACGCGCCUCGAAGCAAACGCGUCCUACCUGUCAAACUCGAUGCUUCUUGGCCUCAGGGAAUAGAUAGGUACCUGAACUAGACAUAUUGUCAUCUAAAAUAUUUAAUCGGUCUCUGUUUCAUUGAUUAAAUCUUACAAACCAAGGCAAACAAGCCUACCAACUGCCAACUUUUGUAAUGAAUAUAACCAAACAACUACAAAUGAUGUCCUUCCCUUUGAUUAUGCUUAAUGUCAGUUUCAAUAUAUAGCCUACAGUGAAGCAGAAUGUUAUGUGCGCUCUUUGCAAAACUGUUUGAAUGUCUAUUUCUUUACCCUGUAGGCACCUGCAACUUACCACAGGUGAGAUCAUUUACACGUAGGCUAAACGAGAAUAACUUUUCAAGCUUUACGUGUUUUCUUGUCAUUGCAUUUAACUUUAUUUUCAGAGCUUAAACCCUAAAGUUCUAUAUGAUUCAGAAUCGUAAUGUUGAUGGUUUGUCAACGAAAUAAGUCGGUUUCAAUUACAAAUAGGAUUGCUUGUUUUACAGAAUUGCACAAUAUAUUAGAGGUUCCAAAAACAUAGUCAGCUGAUAGAAUUCACUGUUAUUUAUACAGUUUCGUUUACGAAAGUUGUUUUUAGAGUUUAUUGUAAUUGAUUUCACUGAGAGGAUGGCAUAGACGGAUUAACGGAGCCAUUGUCACAACUGUGACUUUUUCAAGUGCUAUUUUUGGGUGCUACAUAUUAGCUACAUAUUUGCCUCUCUCUGAUAUGCACGCGCUUGCGCGCUGCAGCAUUGAGCUGGUGCACAACAGAAUUGACAUGCAGCAUCAACACUCCAAAAUUCAUGACACGUUUCAGCUCGCCUAAAGCCAGGCGAGAUGUAUUAUCACCCCGUUAAGUGCCCUCGGGCUAGAAACAGGGCUCUUGGAUUCUUGAGAAAUCGAAUUGACUAUUGUUGUAUUACUCUAUUUGUAUGUUAAUACCUUAUAUUACAGAAUGUACCGGUUUUUUUACGCAUAUGGAGACACGCGUAAAAUGUGUAAUAUGGCACGAAUUCGUUGGUGGAAGUGUGCAUAAAAUAGCUUAUAUUUAUAUUUGAAAAAUGUAGCAGAAAUAUAUUUCAUCCCCCAUUCUCCUAUAUCCUUUCUCCCAUUCCAUCUCCAGUCAAACACACUGUAACUAAAAGUGAAUGUAAAAUACAAACGUAAAAAGUCUGAGGUACAAAAGGAAAUACUAGAAAAUGUUUUAUUAUGAGACUAGAGUGUAGAAAAUAUGGUUAUAGGCUUUUCUCUUUUCAACCAACAUGAUAUAAGUAAAGGCAGUGUGGACCUGGCAGUAUAGCAAUAGACAAUGAAUCGCCAUUGUGCUCUGUUUGGACAAUAGCUGCAUAACCUUUGAUCAUCGUGAACUCCAUGUACAAUAACAUGUAUUUCCUAUUAAAUAAGACACAUUGGUGCUAAA